AUAGUGUUUUAUCAAUCAUCCUUUCUGUGGUGGUGCAAAAAGCUCCCUUAAUCCCAAUCCCAAUCGCUUCUCUUCUUCUUCUUCUUAUUUUUUAAAAUUAUUUACCUUUUUAUAAUAAAUUGAUGCCUCGCCCUUUUUGUUUUUUUCCAAAACCGAUGGAGUUCAAACAAAUAGCAGAAGACGAUGUGUAUUUGGAUAUCGGUGCGCAAUAUAUAUCAACAAAUGAUACCAUCCAAGCCUAAGGUUGCAAGAAAUUUCGUUGAUGCGAAACUAUGGAAACAUGCCGCGUUUUUUAAAAGACAUGAGUUUGAUGCCGAAAAAAAGGUCAGGGACUUCUUGAACUUGGGGAAUAACCCGGAUCUUGAUCUAAGAGUUAUUAAUAACACCAUGGAGGUGUUCGUCACCUUCCCUAUAUAUGGUGCUGCCUCAUACAUGAGUAUGUCACAGACACUGCCAUGUGGACGGUGACAGAUUGACAAACACCACUGUGUUGCCUCAUACAUUGUGACGGACACCACCAUGGUGUCCUUCCUCAUCCUUAUAACAAGAUUCAUCUUAUUCCUUGAGUUCGGGUAGUCCUUGACCUUUUUAUCAUCAUCAAGCUCGUGUACAUUUAAAAACAGUGUCUGUUCCCACUGUUUUGCAUUAAUUACAACCUUUGUCUUGAGCCGCAUGAUGGUAUCGUUUGGUCAGAUACCUGCCCAUCGGUAUCCAGAUUCACUUCGUCUUUCGCUAUUAGUCUGAAUCCCGCUGGUUUUGAAAAAUAAAAAGGGUAAAUAUCAAUUUAUUAUAAAAAUGUAAAUAAUCCUAAAAAAUAGGAAAGAUAAGCCACCAUGGGAUAGGAAUUGAGGGAGCUUUUUGCGCCGCCACAUAAGGGAUGACUAAUAAAGCACUUGAAAUGAUGAGAGUAUGGGACAUCACUUUAUAUAUAUACAUUGAGAUCAAGGAUUUGGUAGCCUUAAAAAAUACGAGUAGUUAGGUAAGGCUCAAAGAGGAUGCAGCUUUUUUUAGACUAUUCAAUACACUUUGUAGCUUGUACAAACCUCACAUGUAUUAUUGGGUUACUAGUUUAAAUUUACUGUCAUUCUUUAAAUAUCUCUUGUUCAAUUGUGAGGCAAAGUUUGUAUAACCGGUUUUAGAGCUCUCAUCAACAUUUUCAGGUCAGAGUUCUAAUAUGGAAACUAACAUUCUUGAUCUGUGUUCUUGGAAGACUCUUUCGUUGAAGUUCUUCAAAGGAGGAGCAGUUUAUUCUACUUGGCCUAAAAUGACAGAAAUAUUCGGCUACACGACGUGCACACAAUUAUUGCAAAUGUUUGUUGCAAUAAUAUUCUUCCAUGUUUCCGAGUACAUUCUCGUGGUUUCCAUUCACGGUAGAUCAAAUGUGACACUCAAGUCUCUUUUGAUCAGCAAAAACUACAUGUUGGCCAUGAUACUCUGCCUGAUAGAGUACCUUGUUGAAGCACACUUCUUUCCCACUAUGAAGGAACAGUGGUGGAUAAGCAAUUUGGGGUUGGGAAUGGUUUUCACCGGUGAGAUCAUCAGGAAGGCAGCUAUUCUAACGGCGGGUCAAUCCUUCACUCAUCUCAUAAAAGUGAAGCGCGAGGAAAGCCAUAAGCUAGUUACACAUGGAGUGUACCGAUAUAUACGCCACCCCAGUUAUUGUGGUUUCUUCAUCUGGUCUGUUGGCACCCAAAUCAUGCUUUGCAAUCCGGUGUCAACGGUUGCAUUUGCUGGUGUUGUUUGGCGAUUCUUCUAUGAAAGGAUACCGUAUGAGGAGUUUUUCUUGAGGCAAUUCUUUGGUGCUCAAUACAAAGACUAUGCCAAAGGAGUUCCUUCCGGAGUCCCAUUUGUGAAGUGAUGAUGCCAUGCUCUUCACCUUUGAUCUUAGGUUAGCCAGGUUUGACAAGGUUUGGAUUUAUAAUCAUGAGACAUGAAAUUAAUGUAACUUUAUUUUUUGGUGUAGUAUUAUUGUUGUAUACACAUGGUUGUUCAAUGUUUUGAUAAAAAUCUAAAAAAGUCUAAGAAUUUCU